CUACUCCAAAAAUUGUACCAGGGGUCUGUGGUGGGUUUGGGGCUCAACAACUACCUUACCGUUCUGUUUUACAUCAAAGCUCGUGGUAAAUGGCGUUUGGUGUUCCAGGAGGCCGUGGCGGCUUCGGCGGCGGUAGGGGUCGCGGCGGUGGAGGUGACCGGGGUGGAAGGGGCGGGUUCCGCGGAGGACGAGGAGGAGCAAGGGGCGGCGUACAAAAGGGCGGUCGCGGUGGUCGCGGUGGACCUCCUGGCCGAGGCGGCGCUCGUGGAGGACGUGGUGCCGGACGCGGUGGAAGAGGAGGUGCAAGGGGCGGCGCUAACGUUGUGCUCGAACCGCACAGGCAUCCCGGCGUUUUCCUCGCUAAGGGCAAGGAGCACAUGCUUGUCACGAAGAACCUCGUCCCUGGAGAAUCCGUCUACGGCGAGAAGAGAAUAUCUAUCGACGGCGGCGUAGACGGCACCAAGGUCGAGUACCGCGUCUGGAACCCCUUCCGGUCCAAGUUGGCCGCUGGCGUUUUGGGCGGUUUGGACCACAUAUACAUUGCACCCGGCAAGAAGGUGCUUUACCUUGGUGCUGCCAGCGGAACCAGUGUCAGCCACGUCGCAGACAUCGUUGGUCCCGAGGGCAUCGUCUAUGCCGUUGAGUUCUCGCCUCGCUCAGGUCGCGACCUAAUCAACAUGGCGAAGAAGCGCACCAAUGUCAUUCCUAUUGUGGAGGACGCGCGUGCGCCCCAAAAAUACCGUAUGCUGCUCUCGAGCGUCGACGCCAUCUUCGCCGACGUCGCACAACCCGACCAAGCCCGUAUCGUGGCGCUCAACGCAGAGAACUUCCUCAAAAACGGGGGCCAUGCUAUCAUCUCCAUCAAAGCCAACUGCAUCGAUUCCACCGCUCCGGCCGCGGAGGUCUUCGCAUCGGAAGUGCAGGUUCUGCGGAAGUUCCACUUCAAGCCCAUCGAGCAGGUGACGCUUGAGCCUUACGAGCGUGACCACGCGAUGGUUACAGCUCAGUACCAGCGACACGCAUGAAAACGUUAAUCAUCAAUGCUCUGUGUAUGGACGUGGCCGGUACCAUAUAUUUUCUGCUGUGUAGUCUAAUUUUCGCUCUCAUGUGUCAUGUUAUUACCUUCUGUUCGUCCAUGCUCACGAUGCAUGUAUGGGUUGUCCGCGUCUGCAAUAUCAAUCCGGCCGCGUUAUUUUG